AUGGAACUCUUCCAGAAAGCAAUUACGGUUAAACUGAGCCACAGGGACAAGUACCUGAUGGCCGAAGAUGAUAAGGAAUCAGUUUGCCAGGACCGGAAUGGUUCUUCAAAGAAUGCAAUCUGGGCAGUCGAGUUUGUUAAUGGAGAGAACUAUUUGUGCUUCAAAAGUUGCUAUGGAAAGUAUCUAACGGCCUCCAACGCGCCAUUUCUUCCGGGAACGACCGGCCGGAAGGUGCUCCAAACGGUUCCGACCAAGAUGGAUUCUUCCAUCAAAUGGGAGCCGAUAAGAGACGGCUUCUCGGCGAGGUUCAGGACGCCAUACGGCCACUUCCUCCGCGCCAACGGCGGGCUUCCGCCGUGGAGGAACUCGGUGACUCACGACACGCCGCGCAGGAUGGGGGGCCAAGAGAAGAUUCUGUGGGACAUCGAGAUUGUGGAGGCUCUUCCGUCGACUCCGUCGCCCAGCUGCCGGACCCCGUCGGCUUCGGAGGAUGAUGAUAUGUUGUUUCGGGCGGAGAGGACGCCGCCCACUCUCAGGGAGCCCAAGUUCAAGCGGGUGAAGAAUUAA